AUGAAAAUAAAAAUAAAAAUUUUAUUUUCUGCUCUUCUUUCUCCUCUCUUCUUCAUCUUCACUCUUCAACACACACUCACAUCUUCAUGCGCACUGCUGGGGGCCCCCAGAGGGGCCCCCAGAGAGGCCCCCAUAGGGGCCCUCGAAGCGGCCCCCAUAGGGGCCCCACAGGGGGCCCCCAUCGGUGCCUCCGCAGGGGCCCCUAUAAGGGCCUCCACAGUAGCUCUCAUUGGGGCCCCUAUAAGGGCCUCCACAGGGGCCCCCCAGGGGCCCCUGGUAAGGUCCCCUUUAGGGGACCCCACACGUUAUGUUUGGGGUGAAGAUGAGUGGAGGAGACAUCAGAAAAGUAAUUCUUUAUUUGCUGCAGGGAGAUGCAUGCGGAGACCUGUUGCUGCCGCUCAGACACAGGGUGCUACAGUUGCUGCUGCUGCUGCUGCUGCUGCUGCUGCUACCGCUGUUGCUGCUGCUGCAGGCAGGGCUGAAGGUGCAGCAGCAGAGAGGCAUCGCGUAGCAGCUUUUGUUCUGCAGCACCGCUGCAGGGGGUCAGCAGCUAAUGGCUCAAGCAGCAGCCGCAGCAGCUGCAGCAACCCCAGCAGCAGCAGCAGCAGCAGCAGCAGCAGCGAUGAGCCCUCUGUGUCCCUCAUCAGCAGCGACAAAGGAGCUAAGAAGAGCCCCAGAAACAAAACAAGCAGCAGCAGCAUUACAAACCCAAAGACAUCUCCCCCAAACUGCCUAUGUGAAGCCGCAGCAGCAGCAGCAGGACCAGCAGCAGCAGCAGCAGCAGCAGCUCUUUCUGGGGUCCCCCUUGUCUUACGCUUUGCCCCCAGCCCCACAGGUUUGCUGCAUGUCGGUGGGGCUCGCACUGCCCUCUUCAACUUCAAACUCUUACAAGAACAUCGAUCCCAUUUGGGGCCCCCAGGGGCCCCCAAUAUCAAACCAGGGGCCCCAGGGGCCCCCAAUAUCAAACCAGGGGCCCCAGGGGAGGUAGGGGCCCCAGGGGAGGUAGGGGCCCCAGGGGAGGUAGGGGCCCCCAGAGAUGCAGCGCCCUUAGGGGCCCCGAGUACGGCAGGGGCCCCAGGGGCCCCAGGGGCCCCUAGGGUUGGAGGGGCCUCAGGGGGCCCCUUAAUGAAGGGUUUGGUGAGUAGGGUUUGUAGGAAGGAGUUGAAGGAGGGGUGGGAGGAGGGAGAGAGAGGAGGAGCAGACAAAUUAAUUUUAAGGGUUGAAGACACCGACGCAAACCGCAGCAAACCGCAAAUGGAGAAGGCUCUCUUUGAAGACCUCAGGUGGCUGGGCAUCACGUGGGAGGAGGGCCCCGAUGUGGGGGGCCCCAGGGGCCCCUAUCGACAGUCUGAGAGACAAGAAAUAUAUCGACAACAGGGGCAGCGGCUGCUAGAGAAGGGGCUUCUUUAUAAAUGCUUCUGCAGCAAAGAGCGACUCCUGGAGUUGCGCCGCAGGUGCACGGAGCAGGGCCUACCGCCCCGUUAUGAUGGGAGGUGUCGCUCGCUAAGCCCGCAGCAAGCGGCAGCGUUUGCUGCAGCAGGGAGGCCAUUUACACUCAGAUUCAGGACACCACUGGAGCCUGAGACUGUUAGUUUUAAUGACAUUGUUCGGGGCCCCGUCACCUUUUCUAUACAGCAGACAGCAGCAGAUUUCAUUUGCUUCCGUUAUACACAAAUAACCCCAAGGGGGGGCCCCCCAGCUGCUGCAGCAGCGCUAGACGGGGCCUCACUGGGGCCCCCAGGAGGCUCCGUUGUUGCAGCAGCAGGUGAGGGGCCCCUGGGGGCCCCAGGGGGCCCCAUUGCUGCAGCAGCAGUUGGGGGGCCCCUUACUGCAGCAGCAGCAGCUUUUGGGGGGCCCCCUACGGGGGCCCCUGGGGCCCUCGGGGGCCCCAAAGAAGGAGAGGGUUGGGGUGUUCCUGUUUAUAAUUUCUGCGCUGCUGUUGAUGAUUGGUUGAUGGGGGUGACAGUCGUUAUUAGGGGAGAAGAACAUAUUCCAAACACUGUAGCCCAGAUUCUGAUUAGCAGGGCCCUCGGAGCGCCUUUGCCUUUUUUCUGCCAUCUCCCCGUCAUCAUAGCCAAAGAAGGUGGAAAAAUCAGCAAACGCAGACAGCUGCUGCUCGCCAGCAGCAGCAGCAGCAGCAGCAGCAACAGCAGCGACACCAGCAGCAACAGCAGCGGCAUCAACAGCACCCGCAGCAGCAGUAGCAGCAACAACGACGAGGACAACAAUAACAGCAACAACAGCAGCAGCAACAGCAGCAGCAGCAGCGACUACACGAUUAGGGGUUUGCGUCUUUGCGGUUAUCAUCCCGAUGCUGUUGUGAGUUUCUUGCGUGGCCAUCACACCAACGACAGCGACAACAAAAGGGGGAAGGCUACUUGGUUGAGUGCGUUGGGCCGCAGCGCCUUUUGUUUUGAUGACAGACAUCUUAACUACGCACACAAACAAAAAAUACGCCAGUUGAGUGCCAGCCCCAACGCCGAGCCGCUGGUGGAGUUUUUCUUAGACGUCAUUUCUAUGGCGCCGGGCGUCUGCGUAGACACCGCGGACCCUCCAGCAGCAGCAGCAGCAGCAGCAACAGCAACAGAAGCACGAGCAGCAGCAGCAGCAAGUACAGCAGCAGCAGCAGCAGCAGCAAAUGGUUUGAAGGGCUGCGAUGGGGGGAGGGGGCCUCAAUCUUCAGCGCUGCAUGCACUCAGGCCUCCUUUGUUUGACUUCAUUGCAUUUGCUGCUCGUUUGCUGCUGCAGCAGCACACCUCUCCUGCUGCUGUUGCUGCUGCCUUGCAGGAACACCUAUUGGGGGGUCCCCAGGAUCUUGCUGGGGUGUAUGGGGAGGUUGCUGCCUUUAAAGCUGUUGCUGCUGCUGUGCUGCAGCACAGAGACAUGUUUGCUGCCCUUUCGGGUGUCUAUACACCUGAUGACGAACAGCAACAGCAGCAGCAGCAGCAGCAGGAACAACAACAGCAGAAGCAGCAGCGACAAGAGGAGAGGCAUCUGCUGCUUCAGCAGUUUGAAGCAUGGAAGCAACAGCAGCAGCAGCUGCUGCAGUUAGAGAAGGCGCAGCUGCUGCUGCUGCUCCGCCUUGCCCUUACCGGCAAGGAGACAGGGCCCCCGCUGCUGCAGCAG